UAAGACUAGUAGCUCAAAUAUUGUUUAUAUCAAACAGCACGUUCACUUUACGGAUGUAUGCACGCUUAACGUUGCAUUAAAUUGUGUACAGGCUGUCCGUAAAUUUACUACUAUUGGUUUGGAACACAGCGGAGGCUAGAAAGGCGCCCUAUUUAGGACACAGGUGCGCAGAUUGGAACGCGACCACGGCCCGUUUCAUGAACAUGCAGCGGACAGACGAGCAGUGAGAAGGAGCGGUUUGGUCCUCACACCUCCAUUAAAAGAGGUUUAUACAAGCAGACGGCUCGUCCAGUAAAAGGAUAGGUCUGACCAGCUUAUCUGGUUUCUGCAAACAAACCGGAUUGUGCACUUCGACAUGUGAAAACGAAAGAGAAACGGACGGACAGCGCCGACGGAUGAACAAGCUGUGGGGAAAAUGAGCGAGGUCGACAUGGCCGAGAUAAACCGCAUCCAGUAUGAUCUGGAGUACACAGAGGGCAUCAGCCAGCAGAUGAGGAUCCCUGACAGGCUCAAAAUCGGACCCAACCCCUCCGAGGACCAUCCUGGGGCUCUGCUAGAUGCGUCUCAUGGUGCUACCAUGAUGCACGUUCCUGAGAGGAUUGUAGUGGCAGGAGAUGGGAAUGAUGCUCACUGUAGCAGACCCAGAGAUCUGGACCUGAUCCAGUCCACCCCAAUGGAAUCUGUGGAGCUGAAGGCCCCUCCUCGGGUCCUCACCCUCAAAGACCAGCCCCUGGAUUUCCUGGAACCAGAACAGCCAGCGGGACCACCAGCUCAGCUCAAAGAGGAGGUCCAUUCUCACACAAGAUUGCGGUGUGAUCGUGGUGUCAGUGAGCACUCAGCUGUCCGCCACAACGGCCAAAUCAACAAACAUGAAGGUGCGAGUCCAUCUCCAAGCGCUCCGAUCCACGCAUGUCCACCCCUCAUCAGCCCUGAGGACUGCCACAACUUGUACAGCGCGAGUGGCGUCCUUUCCUACAUCCAGUGCACCACGAGACGGGCCUACGAGCAAGUCCUGAACAUGCUGGAUGACCGUCACCACAGAACUGCUCUUGCAACUUUGGAUGCAAGUCUGGAGAGCACUCCAGAUGAUGCCGCUUUAGUGGAUGCUGCAGGCCUGAGACGACAGAUCAUAAAGCUGAACCGAAGGCUUCAGCUGCUGGAGCAGGAGAAUAAAGAGAGAGCCAAGCGAGAGAUGGUCAUGUACUCACUUACUGUGGCAUUCUGGCUGGUCAACACGUGGAUAUGGCUCCGUCGCUGACCGCUGUGGCUAAAGCUUAGUUUGGUAAACCUCUCUGGCUGCGUCUGGACGGGCUGUCAAAUGAGACGUUUGUUCAUGCGGCAUCUCCAGCACUGUGCUACAGUCAGAGAGUCACCCUUCCUGUAUUUAAUUCCCAAUCAAAACAGCCUUUAAGUACAAAAGCACAUUUAAAAAAAAUUCUCAGAAGCCUCAAGAAGUAAAUAUAACAUCCAUUUUUCUGCAUCUAGUGUGUCACUCUUUACGUUCAUCACAGCUUCCGUUCUUUUAGCUUUUCAAAGAAAUCUGCAGGGAUAUUUUUCACCCCUGCAGUUCAGUCUUAGUAGUUGGUUGCUCUUUCUGCUCCUCGUGUUGGGUUGAUGUUGAGGUCUGGACCCUGGGGUGGUCAGUCUAGUUCUGAGAACACCAGUUUAUGUCUAUUUCCUUUUUUAGUAGCAGCUUCUUGAUGGCUACACAUCACAAUUUCUUUGCAUCCAGUUUUGGAAACUCAUGUAUUUUCACUUAUUUUCAUUUGGCUUUCUUCUUCCUUAUGCAGGUAGAUCAUUUCAUAGCUAAUCUCCUCAGAAAUAUCUCCUGAAAAAUGAUUAAAUUGUACUUAAUGGUUGUUUUGACUGGGAAUUAAAUCAAUGAAGGUUUGUCUCUGGAUUUUACAGAGUAAUAUACAUCCAGUACAGUUCAAUCAGCUCUUUUUCACUAAAUCUAAACUGCACAAAUGACAUUCGGUUCGAUUCGGACCGUGUUUACAUGUGUUCAUAUUCAUAGACUUGUCCAUAGCCAGUGUCCAUGUCUAAUCAUGUAAAUCUGAUUAGGUAAAGCAUAGACACACAUUUGACCCUCUUCAAUAAAUGUGCAUAAACUUCCUAAUAACAUUUAAAUUUAAAGUAUUUUUCAACACUCAUAGCUCAGGUCAGCUUUACUAGCAACAAGCAAGACCUUCUGGUCGACUUCAGUUUAAGCCAAAUGUCCAUAGACCCUGUGUACCAUAGGUGGUGUAACUAUGUUUAAACUUGUAAAUGAGUUGAUGUUUGUUGUGCAUUUUCCUCAUUAAUUCCCGUUUCUGGUGAAUCAUUGAACAGCAUGCGUCCGUUGUAAAUGUUGUAACAUAGGAGCAGAGUUUCAGCAUGAUGUUGUGUAAAGAGAAGCAUGUGUUGAAUAGUGCAGGCAUCCCACUGAGACCAAGUAUUUUGUGAAUACCUGAAUGUUUGUGUUGAUGUUUGAACUCGGCGCCUCAUUAUUUAUUUACUUUGACAUAUGUGAAACUUUCGGCUACCUCUCAGCUAAAUUUGGGGGUAAAAAUACAGGGUGAUUCACUCGAAAGAGGCCCUGAAUAUUCUGCUGUAACUCCCAUUAGGAAGAAGCAGUCUGAACCAAAAAAUACACUACAUACCUUCAUGUAUGUGUAAGUGAUUGCAUUACUUAUGAGGCUGGAAGUGAUCUCUGUUUCCUGCUAGACACGUUUCAUUCUGGCGCUCAAUGUUCCUGAAUGUAUCGCCAAGCAUUAGAGAGGUUAAACGUCGCGAUGGCUGUCCGGCCCCUACCCCAUCGCUUUGACGCAUGGGCAUCACAGCUUAUUUGAAGCACCAUACACUGAGGAGCACAUUGCACCUUGUUUAGUUCAGAUCGCUGCGUCCUAGAGAGAGUUAUUACAGAAUAUUCGGGGCCUCUUUCAAGUGAAUCUCCGUGUAUAAUGCUCAUUAUUACUGUAUGCCUCAGUGUUGUGGGCCACAAGCUGCUCUGUUCUUGUGAAUAAUCAUGCCUUAUGAACCAUAAUCAUUCUUUCACAAUAACCAGUUUGUGGUAUUGCAUUUGUAAAAUAAAACAGACGUGGUGACUUCA